CACCAGGCAAAAGGAGGAUUGCUUUCCCUCCUCUCCGUCUGUACCUCUCUACUCCUCCCUCCCAUCCUGGUCCCCCAAAGAAGGAAAGACCCAGAAGUAACAGAAAUGCCGAGAGAAAAAGGAGCAUCAUAUUGAAGGAACUUCACAUCUUUCAAACCUCAAGCAAGUACAAGAGAAGAUCUUAACAACACACAAAUGUUUAGCAUGGAUUACAAGUCCGAGGGUAAAAGGAAGCAGCGGCAUAGCUUGAAUUUACUGGAUCAAAUAAAAAGUAUGAAAGAUUUAUCGGAAAUGAUCGAUAUGGUUUUGGUGGCUGAAGGUGAAAAGUUCCCUUGCCACAAACUGAUGCUGUCUGCUUUCAGCCCCUACUUCAAAGCAAUGUUUACCUGCGGCCUGGUUGAAUGCACACAGAAAGAAGUGGUGCUGCAGGACAUGUCAGCAGAGAGUGUGUCCAUACUUCUCCAGUACAUGUACACGGCUGAGCUGCACCUCACUAAUUCCAACGUACAGGGUGUGGCCACCACUGCAUUUUUCAUGCAGAUGGAUGACGUUUCCAGCAUGUGCCAGGCAUACAUGAUGGAGCACAUGGAUGCUUCCAACUGCGUGGGAAUCCAUUACUUUGCCAAGCACAUUGGGGCCGAAGAGCUGUCCGAUCAAGCCAGGAGGUAUUUGUACCUGCACUUUGCAGAGGUGAGCCUGCAUGAAGAAAUAUUGGAGGUUGAAAUGCAGCAGCUGCUAAAUCUGAUAAGAUCAGAUGAUCUGAAUGUGUCCAGGGAAGAGAGCAUCUUGGAUUUAGUCCUCAGGUGGGUUAACCACAGCAGGAAAUUGCGAGCAGAUCACCUCUCUGAGCUACUGAAGCAAGUCAGGCUAGUGCUUGUAAGCCCUUCAUUCCUAGUCGAAGCUCGGAAAAGAAACACGGUGCUUCUCAGUAAUACACUGUGUAGUGAGAUGAUUGAGAGAGCAUUGGAAACUAUCAAGAAAACCAACCAACCUUCUCUCACCCUUCGCUAUGGCAUGGAGACCACCACCCUCCUGCUUUGCAUUGGCAAUAACUCGCAGGGCAUCAGAUCAAGACACGGUAACUACGGCGAUGCCAGUUUCUGUUAUGCUCCCGUGACACAAAAGACGUACUUCAUUUCCUCUCCGAAAUAUGGAGAAGGCUUGGGAUGCGUAUGCACCGGUGUGGUUACCGAGAAUAAUGAUAUCAUUGUGGCCGGGGAGGCAAGCGCUGCCAAAAUGUCUAGGCAAAAGACCAAGAAAAUUGAAAUUUAUAGGUACAACAGUCGGGGGAAUCACUCUUGGCAAAGUCUGUGUACUGCAGAGUUUCGUGAGCUCUAUGCUCUAGGCACCAUCCAUAAUGACCUAUAUAUCACAGGAGGUCAGAUGAAACUGAAAAACCAAUACCAUAUCACAAACUGUGUGGGGAAGUACUCAAUGGAGCAAGAAAACUGGAGGGCCUUGGCUCCCCUCCCAGUGCCUUUGGCCUGCCAUGCUGCAGUAACCGUGAAAAACAGGCUGUACGUCAUGGGAGGUUGGACACCGCAGAUGGAUCUUCCUGACGAUGAGCCUGAUCGAUUAAGCAACAGAAUGUUGCGCUAUGACCCAGGCCAAGACAAAUGGACAGAGUGCACGCCAAUGAAGUACUCGAAAUACCGCUUCAGCACAGCUGUAGUCAACAAUGAGAUUUAUGUCCUGGGUGGGAUUGGCUGUCUUGGUCAAGACAGAGGACAGUCACGGCAAUGUCUUGAUGCAGUGGAGAUCUAUAACCCUGAAAGGAAUUUUUGGAGAGAUGGUCCUCCCAUGCCCUAUCCUCUUCUCUCCUUGAGAACUAACUCUACAUCUGCUGGUGCCGUGGAACGGAAGCUCUAUGUCUGUGGGGGAUUUCGUGGAGCAGGGAUACUGGAGUGGCUUGCCACACCUUGCCUACAAAGGUCCGUAUAGCUAUGGUUUUCCCAGUAGUGAUGUAUGGAAGUGAGAGCUGGACCAUAAAGAAGGCUGAUCGCCGAAGAAUUGAUGCUUUUGAAUUAUGGUGCUGGAGGAGACUCUUGAGAGUCCCAUGGACUGCAAGAAGAUCAAACCUAUCCAUUCUUAAGGAAAUCAGCCCUGAGUGCUCACCGGAAGGACAGAUCGUGAAGCUGAGGCUCCAAUACUUUGGCCACCUCAUGAGAAGAGAAGAAUCCUUGGAAAAGACCUUGAUGUUGGGAAAGAUGGAGGGCACUAGGAGAAGGGGACGACAGAGGACGAGAUGGUUGGACAGUGUUCUCGAAGCUACGAACAUGAGUUUGACCAAACUGCGGGAGGCAGUGGAAGACAGGAGUGCCUGGCGUGCUAUGGUCCAUGGGGUCACGAAGAGUCGGACACGACUAAACGACUAAACAACAACAACAAAUUUUCACUAAUAUGUGUAUGCUUAUGCACACUUUACCCUAGCACAGGCAUUUUUGUAUACGUUACUUGGCUGGAAAAUUGCAUUGCAGAUUUCAGAGAAGUGCAAAUUUCAUAGGAUGGCUGUGUUUUGGUCCACGUAUUGUUUUGAAAAGUGCAAAUUGGGUAAGCUCACUUUAAAGUGCAAACUGAAUCAUGUUUCUCCUCCAUCCCUAGUGAUAGAUUGGUGCUGGUGGGGCAGCCUCCACUGCAUAGGAUGGACUAGGUUGUCUGAGAAUAGAAGUGAAAUAUUCAAAAAAAUAAAGCAUCAGUAUCUUUUGGAUUUAAUUGAUGGGCUAGGUUAAGGAAAUUAAAUUGAUAUAUAUGGUGCUGGUUGGGAAUCAGUUCACACUUGUAAGUUUAAGGGGGUUUCAGUUUAUCCGUAUAAUUGAGACAUUGGUUAAAUUCAGCUGGAAAUCAGGAUUCCAUGGAAAAGAUUGUUUUGAGGAGUUGGGAUAAAAUGCUAAAUGAACAGGAAGUGUCUCCACCUGCUGUCAUAGAUUAGGGAAUCUGUAGGGUCCCCCCCCCCAAAAAACUGUCACAUCCACAGUGUUGGAACUAAAGAACCUCAAGUCAGGAAAGCAGGAAGUAGCAUUUUUUAAUCUUCCCUUUUGGUAUUGAGACAAGUCAUAGAUCAGCACAUGAAAUGUCUGUUUAUGAUAGCUAAGUUGGUAACAAUUAUUCUGGCUUUGUAUAGAGUAUGAGAUCUGUGCUCUGAGAGGGUAGCAAUUUUGCAUGACUCAGGCCAAACUAGAUAUUACACUUGGGAUGGGUGUAACAGUCUCCCAAUUUAAAAAACAAAAUGAAAACAGCUGCAGGAGGCUGCCACUUUUAGCAGAACCGAAGGGGAAUGGCUGCUUAACCAUGCAAAAUCAUUUCCUUCCUUUCUGUCUCCCCCCUCCUUUCUUAUUUAUCCAUGGGAGAAACACACAGGGUGUGUCAUGAAUGAUCCAUGAUUUAAACAAAUAAACAAUAUUCUGAUUCUCCCAUGCCUAUUCCUGAUUAAUGAGAUAUCCUUUCAUCAUAAACUGCAAGUUCAACUCCUAAGCAAACAAAAAUUUACAACACACUACAAAUACCCUUCCUCUAUACAAUAUAGUCCAAAGAAACUCUCCCACUCCAUUUAGUAUUUUCAAUGUUGCACUGGUUCUCAGAAAAUGUAUUUUCUACAGACUGACGUAAGAACCAGUUUACCUUUUAAGAACAGGGUUCGUCCUUUACUGUUAAUAAUAAUCUGGAAGCCAUAGCUUAGGGUUUGCUCCCAUUGUCACACACAUUUUUCAGACAGCACCUUCACAUGCAUCAGGAGGUGAUUAUGGUUUCACACAUUUUGCACAAGAAUUACUCUGCCAAUGUCAACACAAUAGUUAAUCAGAGGAAUAAGAUCUGCACUGGAUGAAUCCCAAGCCGGAAUUAAGAUUGCUGGAAGAAAUAUCAACCACCUCAGAUAUGCUGAUGACACAACCUUGAUGGCAGAAAGUGAGGAGGAAUUAAUUAACCUUUUAAUGAGGGUGAAAGAGGAGAGCAAAAUAUGGUCUGAAGCUCAACAUCA